UUGAUUUUUUCUUGUUGCCCACAACUCUGAGGGAUAUCUCAAAAGUGCUGGAAAGUGUGAUCUGAGAAGAAAUGGACAUUAUGAAACUGUAUAUGAUUCUUGCUGUUUCCAUCACUUGGUCUGUGGCAAUUAGCAUACCACCAGACUGCCCUCCUCCACCCCGUGUGGAAUAUGGACUGAUCGUAGGGGAAUAUCAAAGGGUGUACAGACAGCACUCACAGGUGACCUAUGCAUGUCAUGAAAUGUACAAGAUUAAAGGUAAUGGUGUUAGUAUUUGCAUCAACGGGGAAUGGAAAAAUGUCCCUAUGUGUGAAAAGAAACGUGAAACAUGUGGAAACCCUGAAAGACUUGAAAACGGAUAUAUACUCGAUCAGUAUCAAAAUGAGGUUAUGUAUCGGUGUAACGCACAUUUCACACUUAGUGGACCCGACACAGUAAGAUGUAUUGAUGGACACUGGUCUGAACUUCCCACUUGCUUAAAACCAUGCCAAAUACCAACAAGAAUAGAUGCAUGGCAUAAUAUUGAACAUAUAGAAGGCUCAUUACUUAAACAUGGAGAUACUACAUAUGUUUAUUGCAAGCAUGGUUUUCGAUCGUAUACGGAUCAAAGUUACCAGCAUUAUGGUGUUGGAAAGUGUAAUGAUGGAGAGAUAACGUACCCAUUAUGUGAAAAGGUCAACAGUGAACGAAAGCCUCACAUUGGUCCAGGGGAAAGAAAAGAAGAACAGCCCAGGAACACUGGUCAAACGUGUGGGCCACUUCUUAAACUUGAAAACGGAGAUAUAGUGGAAUCCAAUCAAAUGGAAGUUACAUAUAAGUGUAACAGGCAUUUCAAACUUAGAGGCUCCUCAAAAGCGAGAUGCAUUAAUGGAAGAUGGUCUGAACUUCCCACUUGUUUACACCCAUGUGUGGUACCAGCAGUAAUUGAUGCCAGAUUUAAUCUUCAAAAUAUUCCUGAAACUCAGUAUGUUGAAGAAGGAGGUCAUAUUUUAUUAUACUGCAAAAGUGGAGCAUACAUAGAUCGAUAUCAUUACGGCUGGGGAGUGUGUCAAAAUGGAGUUAUGCUCUACCCUAUGUGUAAGUUCAACAUAGUUUUUAACGCACUUUAACCACGUUCUUGAUUUGUUUAGUCGAUUAAUACAAAGGUGUUAAUUUAGGUGAGGGCUUAUUCUGGCACAGAAAGAGAUCCCCAGCUUAAUGGAGAGAUCUUUGUUGUUAGUAGCAUUUGAACGGGACAGAAAGAGACCCCACAGUGUCCAACUGUAGAAGACUGCAGGGCUCCCUGAGGUCUACUUAGUAAGGUGUGAGCUCUCGACAGGUAACUCUCUCAUAUUUGCUGGAUGGUGAGGUACUGUGCCAUUUGUACAAUCUAAGUACAGGGGGAUUGUGUUUUCUCUCAUACGCAGAAAAAGAAUGACAUGAGCAGUUAUUUACGAAAUUACAGCACUAAGUGUUUUUAUCAUUUAUGCAAUGAAAUUGAUACAUUUAAUGAAUUUUUAUCACAUUUAUUGAAACUUCUUACGAUGCAAGAUGUUCGUAAUGUAUUUAAAAUGCCUGCAAAGAUGUCUUAAGUGUUCUAUUUUCUGUAAAAAUCUUCUUUUUCAGGCUAUUAUUAUUAUUAAUAAGAGAAGUGGCACAAGCACAUGGUGGACUCUGCUGUUACGUGACCAAUCGACAACAAUCGGUCUUACUGGAUUUCCGGCCGAGCUCUCAGAAGAACUUCCACUCUGGACUCUUGUCCCUUCGGCCCCUGUCUUGUCACAUGUUGCUCGUCCACCAACAUCAUGUUCACGACCGUUACAAGUCAUCAAGUAACGCAUGACAUCCAUUGAACUAGGCGACACACAGUGUAUCGCACACCUUUCACUAUUAAAUCACAAGAGCUGAUUUAACUCUUUCACAGACUUUACCCCUUUCACUGUGUCUGGAAUUUUAUUCUGUGCGAAAAAAUACAUGUUCAGUGUCAGAACACACGUUUUUGGUGCUAAGUGCUACUCAGAAAAUGAAAGCUAAAGAAAUGUAUUUUUGGCAUCCUUGUAAUUUUACAGCUAAGAUGUACACAGUGAAAUGCACAAUUUCAUAUCAACAGUGUAAACACAGUUACAGUAGUCCGUACAGUCCCUUCCAGCUGCUAUCAGAGCUGAUUUAACUCUUUUACAGACUUUAGCAAUUUCACUAUGUACAAACUUAUUCUGUGGGAAAAAAUAAGUCGGCGUAGGAAAUCACAUUAUUAGUACCAAGGGUCCUGUUAUUUCAAAAAAAGGGAAGAUAAUUUUCUUUUUCAUUGCAACAAUGUAUAAAUUUCCGAGAAAGAGAGUUUGAAAACAGUUUAGAAUCUGCUUCUAACAAACAUCAAACAUCUGCAGUCACACAACACUAUCAGUACUGGUCACCUGAUCUAAUUAUGACUGAAAAAUCAAUAAUUAUUCAGAUCAGGUAAUCUCAAAAAAAAAGAACAUGGGCCUGUAAUCAGCUUUACUGAAUUCCAUAUAGUACAUAAAACAUCUGAUCAGAUCAGACUUAGAUGAAAACAUUGUU